AUGGCUCCUGAAGAAAUCAACAGAUUAAAUGGAGUAAACUGUUAUCCAAUGGCCUAUUUCACGAACAUUCUUCUAAACCAAUUCGCUCACAGAGGAACUAGGAGUGCAGUUAUAAACGUCUCCAGCAUUUUGGGCAAGUAUCCUUUGUGUGGAGCAACUGUUUAUAACGCCACGAAAUGCUAUAACUAUGGAUUUUCAAUGGCUAUGGCACAUGAGUAUAAAGAUAUUGCAGAUGUAUUAACAGUAUGUCCUGGGAGAGUCAAGACUAAUAUGAAUGUUAAUGAGAAAAUUGGCUUCUUUUGUCCUCUUCCUGAUAAAGUAGCUGAAGGGGCACUUAGGGAUUUAGGCACAAGAAAAUUAUCAUAUGGAGCGCCAGGCCAUGAUCUAACUGGAUGGAGUCUUGAGUUUUUGCCAGAGAGCUUUAGAAUAGGUCUUUCAAGGUUUUUGAUUAAAAAAGGUCUCUUUAAUCCAUAA